UUAUUGAGUUCAAUUAACUUAUAGUUUUCUCCAAAUUGUUAAUUUAUGUAAAGUUGCAAAUGUUGAGUGAAGCAGCGAUAAAGAAGAGACCUGGCACAACUCACUCCGCCGUCACUGAGUUUAAUAGAUUUUGUACAUUGAACUUAAAACCUACUGCUGAACCUGAGCACUUCGACAAGAUGAUGGAUCAACUGUGCCUUUCACCAGAAAUAUUGAAAAUUCUUUCUGGAUCAGACGAUCUACAAGAAGUGACGUCACUAGAGAUGUGUGUCGAUACUCGACAGGACACUCUAGACAAUUUUGGAGUCUACUUGCCAAAACUUACACAGCUAAAAAUGAACAACAGUUUGAUCUCAUCUGUCCGGGAUUUAGGAACCAGCCUUUCCCAUCUGCAGGUCUUAUGGCUGGCACGUUGCAGUUUGACUGAUCUGGAAGGAAUUUCUGCUCUUUCUUCCUUGAAGGAGCUGUAUGUGGCAUACAACAGCAUAUCAGACCUAAGUCCAGUCAGUAUGUUGGAAAACCUGGAGCUGUUGGAUCUGGAGGGGAACAAUGUUGAUGAACUGGCUCAGUUGUGGUAUCUAUGCUGUUGUGAGAAGCUCAGAACACUUUCACUGGAAGGAAACCCUGUGUGCACCUGCCCUGAUCCAGGAAUGUUAGAGGCUUCACACUAUAGCUACAGGUCUGUUGUCCGUGAGCUGAUCCCUCAGCUAAAUAUCCUCGAUGAUGUACCUGUUGCAGAAGAAAAAUCUCCGUGCUAUGAUUCACUGCUGGACUGGACUCUUCAAGAAUCAAUCAAAGACAGUUCAGUUAAUGUUGAUCUGGAUCACACAGAUGCAGCUAUCGAAGAGAGAUCUGUUAGUGAGUGUGGCAUCAGACCUGCAUCUGCACUGCCUCUUGAUCUAAAAAACUCUUCCAGGAGUCUCUUUAACCAUCCAGAUAGUGCCAGACCUUACUUCUGGACUGGGUCAAGACCAGGUUCAGCUGGCUCUGUACUUGACAUUCUGAACCAUGAGGCGAGUGAUCUGACAAACGGUGUUGGAACUGUUCUCUGUGGGAAUCCACUACAGGCUAUUCGAGCACGCAGACAGAAAAUAAAGCUGCAAAAUUCUCUUUCUCAAAUCCAACCCAGCACACAGCUUAGCAGUUAUAUUCCUGAACACACGUAUGACUUUGAACAGUCAAGCAGUCAGGACCGCAGUGAUGUUUUUGCCGAGCUCAGAAGCUGGAGGAUUGAGCACAACAAACAUCUGUUGGCUAUUGAGAAGGAACCAGCAGCCACAGUUAUGAGUGUCCACCACAGUGAUGAGGAGUAUGAUGAUGAAGACAGACACAAUCAUAGCAUCACUAGAGAUGCCAGCAGAGACACCAGCUCUCCUGAUACAUCCAUACAAUCUCUCUCACCAGAAUCUCCAGAGAUGUUGAGACUUACCUCCUCUUCAGGCUGUUCCAUGUCUCCCUCACCUCCACCUACUGUAACACUUUCCCCUGCUGGUCGGAGGACAACACAAAUCCGCACUAGGAGACUCAGACCUCAUAAGCCUGAUGUCAGUAACUCAAGACUAUCAAAGGAAACUGAGACUGACCACAGAAGCAUAUGUGCCCAGAAUAACAUGACUGUAACAUCUCUGACUGCACCUCCUCGAAUAGUCCAUAAACCCCAAAGACCCUCUACUAGUCCUGCAGUCCCUCUUAGGAUGGAGGUUACUGGGAACCAGCAGCUCUCGGAAAUGCAGCAUAAACCAAUAAUGCAUUCUAACACGUCUAAAGAAUUGGCACCCAGACGUCCACAAACAGCAAGAGCUGCACUGCAAAGACUUCCGGAUCGAAGCCUUUUGCCUGCUCGAGGAAACACCCACCUGGAAGGUGUAGAUUAAAGGGAUAGUUCAAGCAAUAAUGAAAAUUUACUGACUCUUUGCUCAGCCUCAAGUGGUUCCCAAAAGCAUUCUUCUUCAGUU